AUGCGCUUCAUCUUCGCCGCCGCGUUCGCUGUAGCGUUUGUACUCGUUUCGACUUCAUCGACUGCUUCUUCCGUCGCCGAACCAUCCGGCGCGUCGCAGAUUGUUCCACUUGCUCAUGAUUUUAGCGGGCGUGGAGAAGGCCGUCAUCAUCUGCGACCGGACAGGAUGUCCACUGGAAUCAUCAAUGCUGGCGAGGAAGAGAGGAAAACCCGGGGCCCUCUUGUGGAGGAGUUGAAGCAUAUUUUCCUAUUGGCAUAUGUGCCUUACAAAUGGGUUGAACACAUGUUAGCUAGGCUCAAGGAGAAAAUUGGGCUCAUCUUUGGUGCGUCGAAGAACAAGGUCAAGAGUACUUAA